AUGUGGAAGUUUUAUUUCUAUAGAAAACACAAAAGAGCGUUUUCGUUGCGUAAAUGUGAACAAUUUCCUCGUCGCGGGGAUGCCCAAAAGAAGCUAGAUUGGUUACUUAACCAUUUAGUUGUCAGACAUGCCCCAAAGUCUCGCCCUCAUAAAUGUUUGUUUGAGGGAUGUUCUCUCCGUUUUUCCAAAGUGGGGACUCUGAGAGAUCAUAUUCGGUGUGCCCACAAUGACAACAAUAAUAAACAGAAUGGGAAAAAAUUGUUGGAAGAAAAUAAUGUCAAAAUUUCGUGUUUCGAGUUUCGCCCACUUGUUCAUUUUCCUUCUGUAAGUGACUGUAUUGACUCGAGAACAAUUGAUUGGGCUAGAAACGAAAUGUUGAAAACUAAAAAUAUUAAAAAUCAACAACAAUCGACUUUUAAAACUAGUAAAGUAAGAGCAAGAAUAUUGCGUGACAGGAGGAGAAUUGUUAAAACAAAAGAAGAGGAUAUUAAAAUUAAAACAGAACAAGUUUCGAACAUUGUUGAAAAGGUGAGAAAAAAUAAGGUGGAAUAAAUUAAAAUUAAACUUUCCG